AACAAAGGAUGGGUAAGAGUUUUCUUGUUUAAACUAUUUUUACAACUGAGAAUGUGUUAGUGUGAUGAGAGGAAGAAGAAAGGAAGCCACUUGUUGUGAAGAGAGAAGCAGCAAAAUUUGAUCUUCGGUUGUGGUAACAUUUUCUCCUAACCCUUCCUUUUCUUGCAAUUUAAAACUCAUAACUUUAUUUGUAAAACUUUUUUUACCAUGCUAAUUUUAGGGCAUAUUUAACUUUUAGAGGUGACAUUGCAGUGAUUUUUAUCUCUUUGAUAAUCUUAUACAAAGUUAUACAAAUUUGAGAUGAAACUAGUUUUAUUGAAAUUAUUAUAUCAACGUUUACAAAUAAAUGGUAUACAAAACUCAUGACCCAAUUCUAACGUUAUGUAAACCAAACUUAGCCCCUAAGUAACCAAAAAAUCAAAAUAAAAUGUUGAGAAAUAUUCAAAUUUGAACUAUUUUUUGAGUUGAAUCUAUCAUUUCUAGCUAAGUGCUUACAACUUCUAGGAAGACAUGAUGUCCAAAUAAUAUUUUUUUAUUGUUGUAUUAUUGUUAUAAGUUGAGUAUUUAAUUGUGAAAUAUACUUUAGUAUUUGAAAGAGUUUUUUGAUUUUAUUGAUAUCCCACAUCGGAUAAAUCACUCAUUUACAUUUUGUAAUUCUCUUAUAUAAAUGGUCGAUUAUCAAAUAUCAAGACAUCAAAAAACAAAAUUGGACAUUUGUUUUUGAAUUGCUUUGUGAGUUGUGACAUUCAAAUUGGCGUAAGAAGUGGGAUCCGCUACAUUGGUCAAAUCAAAGUUAUUGUACUUGAGAAUAUAUCAGUCAGCUGAUCUAGAAAUUCAAACGUCUGAUCUUCAUCAAUGAUCGAGAUCUCAACAAUGUUCGAUACCAAGCCACUUGUGUCUGCAAUGGCCUCAAUUAUGCUAAUGCGAACCAUCACGAAUGAGCUCCUACAAUUUUUUCAAGCUGGACUUCACCAUCUUUUUCGCCAAUCCUCCGCACAGUUCACCAUAAUCAUUGAAGAAUUUCAAGGGAUGGCAAGAAACCAAGUUUUUGAUGCUGCACAAGCCUAUCUAGGGACUAAAGCAACUGUCUCGGUAGAAAGAGUUAAAGUAAGCAAAUCUGGGGACCGUAAAGAGCUUUCAUUCAAUAUAGAUAGAAAUGAAGAAGUGAGUGAUGUUUUCGAAGGUAUUAGUGUAAAGUGGAAACUAAUUUGCAUAGAAGUGGACUCUUCGCGGAUUCGAAGUUACGAUGAUGACUCCUCGGCUGUGUCAGAAAUAAGAUCCUAUGAGCUGACUUUUCACAAGAAGCACAAAGACAAGAUCAUUGAUUCAUAUUUGCCUUAUGUGAUGGAGAUAGCUAAACAAAUUAAACAAGGAGACAUGGCAAACAAGAUUCACUCAAAUGAAUAUGGUAGCUGGCGUCAUGAUGUCAAGUUCAAUCAUCCAAUGAGUUUCAACACUCUUGCAAUUGAUGAAGAACUUCAAAGGGAUAUUGUGAAUGAUUUGGACAAAUUUGUGAGGGCUAGAGAGUUUUAUAGAAGAACAGGGAAAGCUUGGAAACGCGGUUACUUGUUGUAUGGUCCACCUGGUACUGGAAAGUCUAGCUUGAUUGCAGCCAUGGCUAACUAUCUCAACUAUGAUAUCUAUGACUUGGAUCUCACCGAUGUAGGGGAUAAUAAGACCUUGAAGCAACUUAUUCUCAGCAUGUCCAACCGUGCUAUACUUGUGAUAGAGGAUAUUGAUUGCACUAUAAAUUUGCAGAACCGAGAAGAAGAGAAAGAAGUUGUUAAUAAUGGAGACAAUAAGGUGACACUUUCAGGACUAUUGAAUGCGACAGAUGGUCUUUGGUCAUGUUGUGGAGAGGAACACAUAAUUGUUUUCACAACAAAUCACAAAGAAAGGCUUGAUCCUGCUCUGCUAAGGCCUGGUAGAAUGGACAAGCAAAUUCACUUGUCAUAUUGCAACUUUUCUGGUUUUAAGCAAUUGGUUGUUAACUACCUUUGCAUUACUGAACAUGAACUCUUUGAAAAGAUUGAAGUGCUUCUAGGAGAAGUUCAAGUUACUCCGGCUGAAAUUGGAGAAGAGCUAACAAAGGAUUGUGAUGCUACAGAAUGCCUACAAGACCUUAUCAAAUUCCUGCAAGCCAAGAAAAUGAUCAAGGAAGAGGUAAAGAAUGAAGAAAACAUCCAAGAACCUGAACCCAAGAAAAUGAUCGAGGAAGAGACAAAGAAUGAAGAAAAUAUCAAAGAAGAAGGUGAACUAGGUAGUGAAAAUAUAUAGGUUAUGUUUGGUUAUGUACCGUAAAACAUUAAGCUAAACUCAUAAGUAGUCAUUCUCAUCCUUUGACCAACAUCUAUUGAGACUUGAGAUUCUCUUCAGUCGGGUCUCUAUUUUUUGCAAGAGGGUAUGGACGAUAGGUGGAGCUGACAAAAUGAUCCGGCUAAAGGUUACAUAGUAAGCGGUGUGAUGACAGGUCACCUAGCUAGCUUCUCUUAGCUAAUCCAUUUCCUGAUUUGUUGUAUGUAAUUGGUUCUAGCUACUUUUGAAUUCUAUCAUUGCAGUCCUUGUGCUAUAUAUAAACUUUUUGUGAAAAUAUA